AUGGCGUUCAACUUCGGGUCCUCUGCCAGCCCUGCUGGAAAAGGCGCACCCAAUGUCCUCGAAGAAGUUUACACCGACGACCUCGGCUUUAAAGGCAUCUCUGGUGAUGCCAAUAUCCGCUUCCUCCCCACCCCUUGGCCUCAAGACGCCCUCCCAGCCCCAAAUACCUCUCUUCUAGCUGUCGCGCAGACGAAAGCUCUUGUUGUUGGUGCGGGCCCGGAUUGUCUGGUUGUCGCCACCACCGAGUCCAUCAGGAGAGCCAUCGAGGCUCCUUCUCCCGGCGAAGAAAAAGAGCAAACGAAGCCAUUCCAACCGCAUGCGACAAUCCCGCUUCCAGCCCGCCCAACACAUGUUGCCUUCACUGCGAACGACGAUGCGUUGAUCAUCGCGACAGAGAACGGUUCUCAGAUCACAGUAUUUCAGACGAAUGCUUUGUUACAGGGCAACGCGCAACCAGCUUUAUCCGUCCCAACAAACGGCGUAUCGAUACGAUCACUUGCGCCAAAUCCAGAUCCUACUUCGACCUUUGUUGCCUUGGUCACGACCAAUGGUGAACUCCUCGUCGCAGAUCUGAAGGCAGGAAACUUGAUCUCGGGCGCCAACGGACCGAUCCUGCGCAACGGUGUUAGCUGCGUUGCAUGGAGUAAUAAGGGAAAACAGCUUGUGGCUGGUAUGGCGAACGGAACGGCGGACCAGAUGACCCCAGACGGGACGAAUAAGGAUCAAAUUCCUCGUCCCUCUGAUCUCGAGGAGGAGUGUCAUGUCUCGUCGAUCGGAUGGCUGGAGAACGAUAUCUUCUUCAUGGUCUAUACUCCGAAUGCCCCGGAAGACGAUAUGGGGAUUCCACCGUCAUAUUUUUACAUCAUUACACGACGAAAGCAGGAACCCUUUUUGAUCCAGAAGUUGCCAGACAUCUGUUCGACCGUGGGAUUCAUGAUGCCACGUUCGCCAGCAUACCAGUUCAUCGUCCGGCUGCGUGACUAUAAGCCACAUAUGAAGGAUGUGUUGAUCGUCGCGUCAACUGCCUCGUCUGACAUUGGGCUCAUCGUUCGAUCUGACAAGCAGCUAGAUAAGAAUCCCGCCGGCCAAUUUGCGCUAGUCGGUGUUAGCGACGACAGUAAAAGGGCAUCCGUUCCGCUGAUGAAUGGCGAUGAGACCUCGGUGAUUGGCCUGGCUGCUGAUUUGUCGAGCAGCGAGAAUGUUCUCUCACCCAUCCUGGGAGAGGAUAUUCAGGAGACUGCCACACCCCUGCCGGCUCUAAUGCUCUUAAACAAUGAAGGCAUCCUCGCGUCCUGGUGGUUCAUAUACACGGAAUCUAUUCGCCAGAACAUCCCAUACUCUGGCCUCGUGUCAGCCAGCCAACCGCCAGUUAGACCCUCUCAACCUCCUGCUGCACCUCCACAGCCGACUCCGGCUCCGGCUCAACAGCAGCCCUCAUUUGGUCAGCCUUCAUUCGGCACACCGUCACCAUUUAGCUCUUCUGGCUUUGGCAAACCUUCGGGUGGUGCUACAUUUGGAAGCCCCUCCACAAUGGGUGCAACAGCCUUUGGAAAGCCAUCCGCUCCUUCAUUUGGAAGCCCUUCAGGCCUCGGUAGUAGUGCAGCCCCGGCAUUUGGGAAACCUUCAUUUGGCUCCGGAACUGCGUUUGGCCAGACCAGCUCUCCCGGACAGCCAGCGUUUGGCAAGUCAGGUUUUGGUGCGGUCAGUUCGCCCUCGCCAUUCGGGCAGCCUAGCACUCCAGGCAAGAGUCUCCUGGGUUCCGGAACCGGUACAAGUGGCGGUGGAUUUAGCUCUUUCUCAGGAGGUGCUGGAGCAGGUGGGUUUGCUGGGUUUGCGGCUGCAAAACCAGGAGAUUCGCCUUUCGCAAAGGCUUCAGGUGACAACGCAUUCUCAAAGGCAUCACCCUCGCCCUUCGGAGCCAAGCCCUCAAGUGACACGGCUUUCCCGCCGGCACCGACCAAUGAGGUGAAGAAUCCUUUCGGAUCUGGAUCUACUGGUGGUUUCGUUCUUGGUUCCUCUUUCAAGGCUGAUGGUACGGCUGCAACUGAUCUGUCUAAACCGGAGAAGCCUUCAUCGGGUGCGCUAUCUUUUGGCGGAUUUGGCGAGUCGAUCUCUCUUUCGGAGAAACCAAGCACUCCUGCAGAGUCAAUGGAUGACUCGGAGGACACAACUGCGGCUGAACCGGCCAAGAUUGAGCCAGUUUCUCUGUUUGGAAGACCAAGCAAACCCGCAGCCCCGGCUCCAUCGUUGUUUGGUACACAGGCAACGCAACCUGUUAAGUCGCCGCCUCCUCUUGAGACAAACAAGUCGAGCUCGGGUUUCUCCAUCUUUGGCACCACUUCUGCUACCACUCCCCAGUCUCCCUUCCAACCCUCUUCCCAGACACUGGUCACUAGUCCUCUAUCCGCACCUUCAGACGUAACGGCCACCCCAAUGAAGGAGCCUUCCGUUACCACUCCUACGCUCUCCUCUCUCGAGGCACCGUUGCCUCCUGACCCUACCAGCAGGGCCAGUUACGCUCCAGGAGACACGUCAGCUUCGUCCAACGUCUCAAAAAGCUCUGUUGAGGAUGCUCCCCUUCCCCCAGAUCUCGUCUCGGCGAAGAAGCCCUCUUCCCUCUUUGGCGAUGCACCCUUGCCGCCUGACUUUGUCACUCAGAAGAAGCCUGUUCCAGAGGUCGAUGAUGCACCACUGCCUCCAGACUUUGUGAGGAAACCGAUCAAGUCAGAGAGCCCACCGCCUGGAAUUCCGGACGAGCUUCCUGAAGAGGCGCCCUUGCCCCCCGACCCGAUUGCUUUCAAGGCAAAGACCAUGCCCGUAGAAGAGGCAGUUCCUAUUCCCGACGGCUCAGAUGCCGAGUCCCAGGAUGCAGACGAGUCUGACUUCAGCGACAGCGGCGAGGAAAUUACGCAUGCCGAGACGAAGAUACCAAGCCCUAAGCUGUCGGAGGCAACUUCCUUUGGCGGUCUCUCUGAUAAGAGCUCUACUGGUGGACUCUUUAGUGGGUUCUCGAAGGCUGCGCCCAAAGAGGAACCGAGCCGCGGUCCGCGACAGCUGUUUGGCGAAAUUUCCAAGCAGCCCAUCUUGCCGCCUCCAGGCCGUGAGCCCUUCCGCUCACCUAGCCCCACUCGCAUCAACUCGCACAAGGGCACGAUGUUCUCCCGGAAACCCGAGGGCCGACAAGCCGGAAGUGCCUUGGCCUCUAGAAAGGCUUCCUUGAGUCAGGUUGUUCAGCGCGAGAAUCAGCGCAGAAAGUCCAGUGACGCUGCUCGCCAGGACCGGGCUCGCGCCGAGGCUGCCGCCCUACGUCGAGCAGAGGAAGAGGUCCUUGCUCUUUCCGACGACGACGAAGACGAAAUGCUUCGUGCUGAUCUUGCUCGCCCGGUUGAGCCAGUCGCUACGCUUGAUCCGUUCCUCCCCCAUCAGAACUACACUGGUGACACGGUUAAGCCCGGCAUUCCUGGAAUGAUUGAGCGACUCUACCGUGAUAUCAACUCCAUGGUCGACACACUGGGCAUCAAUGCUCGCUCGCUGGAAUCGUUCCUGCUAUUCCAGCAGCCGGCCGAAAGCUCGGACGCGGACAAGUGGGUUGAAGUCUUGCAGAGUGACGAACCUGCCAAUGUCCUUGAUGAGGAGACAUUCCUCCAGGAUAUCAGUAACUUCGAGGAUGUGGUUGCGGCAAUUUCCCAAUCUCUUGACGAACAGCGUCUCCAAGGUGUGGGGGAGAAGCUGGACGAGUGCCGAGAGCUGCUCACCAAGGAGAUCGUGACUCUGCGCGGUCAAUUUUCCAGCAUUCGCAAGACCCUUGACGCGCUGACUGACACCGGUGUGAUUUUGUCGGCCCCACUUUCUGCUGAACAAGCUACUCUUCAGCAUGAUCUUCGGACCGCGUUCACGAACCUCCAAGCUAAGAUGGCAGAACUUGAGCAAGGUGUUUCCAUGCUGCGGGCCAAGAUGGCUGACAUUCCACGCCCCAACGGAACUGGCAGCGGCUCUCGGAAGCGUCCCACCGUGGAAGCCGUCUCUUCGACCAUUGCCACUAUGAUGAGCAUGGCCGAGAACAAGAGCAGCGAUAUUGAUGUUCUUGAGGCUCAGCUGAAGAAGCUUGGUGUCGACACCUCGUCUUCUCGUCCCGUCAGCCGGGAAGGAUCCCCAUUCACCACCCCCCGCAAGAAUCUUGCUCGUUUCCCAGCUACACCGGGCUCGCGCGGCUCUAUUGAAGGCAGUGCUUACCACACCCCGGAGUCUGCUUCUCGCGACUUGAACUUCCGGGCUAGUAUCAACGGCUCCGCAAAGCAUAGCCGCCUGCGGAGCGUCGAUAUCGCGGGACCGGUUGCUAUUCGAGAAGAAAGCUCCCAGUGGAAAGUUAAAACUCAACGCCGGAAGCAACUGGUUGGCAAUUUGAAGGACGCCAUCGACAAGAAGGAGAAGAAGGUUCGGGGAGUUGAUGACUUUUAG